AUGGGGCUAAGAGUUGCCAGCCUUUUUAUGCUCUGGCUGGCUCUUUCCUAUGCAAAUGAAAUAAGAAAAGGCAGGACAAGAAACCAUGGUCACUAUGUCUGCAGCACUUGGGGAAACAACCAUUUCAAAACUUUUGAUGGAGACAUCUACCAAUUCCCUGGCAUUUGCGAGUAUAAUUUUGCUUCUGACUGCCGAGAGCCUUACAAGGAGUUCUCUAUCCAUAUUCAGCGUGCUCUGAACAGCAAUAACCACCCUGAGAUCCAGUAUAUUCUGCUAACAAUCAAGGACUUUACACUGUACCUCAGACCAAAACUGGUUGUUGUGGAUGGGCAGAUUGUGAAGACACCUUACUACAGCUCCGGUGUGGUCAUUGAGAGCAAUGACAUUUACACCAAGGUUUAUGCCAAAUUAGGUCUGAUUCUGAUAUGGAAUCAAGAAGAUGCACUGAUGGUAGAGCUGGACAGGAAAUUUAAUAACCAUACAUGUGGUCUGUGUGGGGAUUAUAAUGGAGUUCCAGUUUACGAUGAGUUUAUCAAUGGAGAUGAAAGCUACAAUUCAAUUACAUACGGGAAUUUACAGAAGAUCAACAAACCCAAUGCCAAGUGUGAAGAUCCUGAUGAAACUCAGGCUCUUCCAAGCUGCAAUGGGCAUCGUGAUGAGUGUGAGAGGCUGCUGACUUCCUCUGCAUUUGCUGAUUGUCGUUUACGUCUUAAUUUGGAAAUGUACAUCCAAGCCUGCAUGCAGGACAAGUGUGCAUGUAAUGGAAGCGAGGACUCCUUCUGCCUCUGCAGCACCAUCUCUGAGUAUUCUCGCCAGUGCUCACAUGCGGGUGGCCGGCCGGGUGAAUGGAGGACACACAGCUUUUGCCCUAAAACCUGUCCUGAUACCAUGAUCUACAGAGAAAGCAGCUCACCCUGCAUGGAUACUUGCUCACACUUGGAGAUCAGCAGCCUUUGUGAGGAACACUACAUGGAUGGUUGUUUCUGUCCUGAAGGAGCUGUGUAUGAUGAUAUUACUGAAAAAGGAUGCAUACCUGUUAGCCAGUGCCACUGCAAACUCCAUGGAAAUGAGUAUUCACCUGGAGCAAGCAUUACCAAUGAAUGUGAAGAAUGCACCUGUGAUUCAGGCAGAUGGACAUGCAAAGAUUUACCUUGUCCAGGCACAUGUUCAGUGGAAGGAGGCUCCCAUAUUACCACCUUUGAUGGGAAGAAAUACACCUUCCAUGGAGACUGUUAUUAUGUGUUGUCCAAGGGUUUUGUAAAUGACAGUCAUGCUCUCCUGGCAGAACUGGCUCCCUGCGGCUCCACAGACAGGCAGACCUGUUUGAAAACUGUUGUGCUGCUAGUAGAUGACAAAAAAAAUGUUGUGGUUUUCAGAUCAGAUGGCAGUGUGUUACUAAAUGAGAUGACCAUGAACGUGCCUCAUGUGUCAGCCAGCUUCUCGGUAUUCAAGCCAUCUUCCUACUACCUUGUUGUACAAACUUCUUUUGGGCUUCAGCUGCAAAUCCAAUUGUUUCCAGUCAUGCAGCUGUUUGCAACUGUGGAUCAAUCAGUUCAAGGAAAACUUCAAGGUCUUUGUGGAAACUUUAAUGGAAUGGAAGGUGAUGACUUUAAAACAACCAGUGGGCUGGUAGAAGCUACAGGAUCUGCCUUUGCUAACACAUGGAAGGCUCAAUCCACCUGUACAGACCAGGCAGAAAAGCUGGAAGACCCCUGCAGUCUCAGCAUUGAAAGUGCAAAUUAUGCUGAGCAUUGGUGUUCUUUGCUGAAAAACUCAGAGGGUCCUUUUGCGAAAUGUCACUUAAUCAUUGAUCCGUCAGAAUACUAUAAGAAAUGUAAAUAUGACACCUGCCUCUGUGAAGACAGUGAAGAAUGCUUGUGUGCUGCCCUGUCCUCCUACUCAAGAGCCUGUGCUUUCAAAGGGAUCAUACUGGGAGGCUGGAGGCAAAGUGUCUGCACUAGUGAAGUGUCUGCCUGCCCAGGAAAUCAAAUCUUCCUUUACAACCUUACAAUGUGCCAGCAAACCUGUCGUUCCUUUGCUGAUGGUGAAAAGCAUUGCUUGCAAGACUUGGCUCCUGUGGAUGGCUGUGGGUGCCCAUAUAAUACAUACUUGGAUAACCAGGAUACCUGUGUGCCCAUCUCCAAGUGCCCAUGUUAUUACAAGGGAUCAUACCUGGAACCAGGGGAAUAUGUCACAAAAGAUGGGGAACGCUGUGUUUGCCGAAAUGCAAAGAUCCAGUGUACUUCAGUGACAGUAAGAAUGCAAAGUGUAACAGAAUGUUCUUCUAACAAGACGUACUUUGACUGCAAUGCAUCCCCAAGCUGGAAUUCACAAACACCUGUACAACUUAGCUGCCACACUCCUCAAACUGAUCAUUUCCAGGCAGAGUGUGUCUCAGGCUGUGUGUGUCUGGAGGGUCUAUUUGAUGAUGGGAAAGGGGGCUGUGUGGAGGAGAAGGACUGCCCAUGCAUUCAUAACAACCAGUGGUAUUCUCCUGGACAGCAGGUAACAGUGGACUGCAACAUCUGUACCUGCCAAAAAGGGGUUUGGAGCUGCACUGAAGAUGUGUGCUAUGGGACUUGUAUGAUAUAUGGAAGUGGCCAUUAUAUCACCUUUGAUGGAAAAUUCUAUGACUUUGAUGGAAGCUGUGAAUAUGUGGCUACUCAGGAUUUUUGUGGUGACAGAAAUUCCAGCGGCUCAUUCAGUAUCAUCACAGAGAAUGUCCCUUGUGGAACUACAGGAGUUACCUGCUCAAAGGCUAUUAAAAUGUUUCUAGGGAAAACUGAAUUGAAAUUGGAGAACAAAGAUUAUAAAGAAAUUCAGCGAGAUACUGGUGAUGAUGUACAUUAUUGGAACAAGACAGUAGGCCUCUACCUCGUUAUUGAGGCUAGCAAUGGUGUGAUGCUUAUCUGGGAUAAGAAGACUACUGUUUUCAUCAAGCUGACCCCUGAUUACAAAGGCAAAGUGUGUGGUCUGUGUGGCAACUUUGAUGACAAGUCUAACAAUGACUUUACAACAAGGAGUGGGCUGCAGGACACUAGUGCUCUAAAGUUUGGGAAUUCCUGGAAACAGUCUUCCAUGUGCCCAGAUGUUACAGAAGAGAUAAAGCCCUGUGAUGUAAAUCCACAUCGGAAGUCCUGGGCAGAGAAAGAAUGCAGCAUCAUCCAGAGUGAAGUCUUUAAAAUUUGUCACUCCAAGGUGGACCCAAUUCCUUUCUACGAAGCUUGUGUUCAUGAUGCUUGCUCUUGUGACAGUGGUGGAGAUUGUGAGUGCUUCUGUUCUGCAGUUGCUGCAUAUGCUCAAGAAUGUACCAAGCACCAGGCCUGUGUUUUCUGGAGAACUCCUGAUAUAUGCCCGAUAUUUUGUGACUACUACAACCCUCGUAAUGAGUGUGACUGGCACUAUGAGCCUUGUGGCGCUAAUAUCAUGACUUGCAGGAUAAUUAAUCAUGUCAGCACCAACUUUUCAAUACCAUACCUGGAAGGUUGCUAUCCCAGAUGCCCUGAUGACAAGCCUGUUUAUAAUGAAGAGACAAAGGAAUGUGUGACUGAAGAUCAAUGUUGGUGUUACAUCAAUGGAACUCAUGUUCCUCCUGGGCAUGAAAUAACCACAGAAGAGAACUGUACAAAAUGUGUCUGUGGUCCCUCAGGAUCUAUACAGUGUACACCAAUCCCAGGAUGUCCUUGUGUCAUCAACGGAACAAGUUAUGAAGUGGGUGAAAUUGUGGCACAAAUACAGGAUGGUAACAUAUGCAUCACAUACGUUUGUGCAGAAAAUGGUUCUAUAGUUGUUGGAAGUACUUAUCCUUGCCCGACAUCUACUUCACCUACAACCAUUUCAACCUCCUUUCCUACCAGUACUCUAACCACCACAGUUACCACUACAAGCCCUCCAAUAACUACAACUCCAUGCUUUGGUUUAAUCUGUAAUUGGACUGAGUGGUUUGAUGUUAGUAAACCUGAAGAGGAUGGUGGUGACUAUGAAACCUACGAUGCAAUAAGAAAUCAAUAUGGAAACAAAAUAUGUGAAGCUCCUGAAAAUAUUGAAUGCAGGGCUAAAGAUAAUCCAGAUGUUAGUUUAGAGGAACUUGGCCAGAAAGUGGAGUGUAAUGUUACAUAUGGACUAAUCUGUAAAAAUGAGGAGCAAGAUGCAACUAUUUGGCAACUUUGUUAUAAUUAUGAAAUCAGGGUAAAUUGUUGUGAGUGGCAUGAAAUUUCUUGUGAGACUACAAGUACACAGCAUCCAACACAAACUGCAACUGCAACCACCACUAGCACAACAGUACCCAUCACCAGUACAGCCAGGCAGCCAACAACAAUUACCACCACAUCCAUACCCACCUCAACAAUCACAAGCGAAUUCACACCGUCGGUUACCACCCCAGUAACUCCAACCUCUCCAGGAAGACCCUCAUCCGCAAUGAGCACAGGGUCUUUUCCACCCCUGUCGACAACCACUCCCAUGCCAACACCAUCAGAGCCUCCCAGUAGCACUGCCAGCACCUUGAUGCCCCCCAGCACCACGACGCCCCCCAGCACCACCACCAGCAGCACUGCGGGGACAUCAGCAACCGUUCCUGCCACAUCAACACUUACCCUAACUACUGCGAGCACAUCCACACCCACGCCAACAUACACCACCACCACACCACCUCCAGAAUGUGACUGUGUCUGGACGGACUGGAUUGAUGUGAGUUACCCAGAUAGUUCUGACAGAAACAGUGGUGACUAUGAAACCUUUGAGAAUAUUCUGAAGAACAACCCCUCCUGGGUCUGUGUGAAAGCAGAGAAUAUUUCAUGCAGAGCAGAAAAGUUCCCUACCAUUCCCAUUGCGGAUUUAGGGCAGAAGGUGGAAUGCAGUGUUAACACGGGGCUGACCUGUAACAACAGCGAUCAGGUCAUAGGAGGCAUAAUGCUGAUGCCGGUCUGCCUCAAUUAUGAGAUCAGUGUCUGCUGCAUCCCCAACAUACCAGAGUGCAUUCCCACAAGUGCCACCACGAGCAGCACGACAGCCCUUCCUUCAUCCACAAUGAGCACAGGGUCCUUUCCAUCUAUGUCAACAACCGCUCCCAUGCCAAAACCAUCAGAGCCUCCCACCACCACCACCAUCAGCACCCAGGAGACAUCAGAAAGCAUUCUUCCCACCUCAACAACCCCCCAAAUAAUCACCAUAACACCAACAGCUCCUCCUACAGAACGACAGGAAUUAACUACAACGACCAUGAGCACCACAACUUCAGGAUCACCCACACCAAAGCCUAUAACCAGCACUUCUGUAUCACCACCACCGGUACCUACAUCCCUAGUGACAUCCUCCACGUCUAGAGUCACUGAAAAAGAAUCAACCACCAAAACCACCACAUCAAGACCCACACCCUCAGGAAUCCCUCAGCAUAGCACCGCAGUCGUAAUGGAAACAUCGAGCCACGAGACCGUGUCCACUGGGACAGGGAGCCCCUCAAGCACAUCACCUACAACCACCAUAAGCACCACAACUCCAGGAUCACCCACGCCACAGCCUACAACAAGCAGUACUGUAUCACCACCACUGGUGCCUACAACCUCUGUGACAGCCACCACAUCUGAAAUCACUGAAUCAGAAUUGACCACCAAAACCACCAUAUCAAGCCCCACACCCUCAGGACCUCCUCCCACCACUACCACAGAGGUAACAGAGACAUCUGGUCCUUUGACAACAACUGCAGCUAGCAGUACAUCAGCAAGAUCAACUGUUACCACCAUCACAAGUUCAGGAUCACCCACGCCAGAGCCUACAAGUAGCACUACUGUAUCACCACCACCCUUAUCAACAACCCCAGUGACAGCCACCACAUCUGGUGUCACUGAAAUAGGAUUGACCGCCAAGACUACCAUAUCAAGCCCAACACCCUCAGGACCUCCUGCCCCCACUACCACAGUGGUAACAGAGACAUCUAGUCCUUUGACACCAACUGCAGCUAGCAGUAUGUUAACAAGAUCACCUGUUACCACCACCGCAACUCCAGGAUCACCCACACCAGAGCCUACUACAAGCACUACUGUAUCACAGACACCGGUACCUACAAUCUCUGUGACAGCCACCACUUCUGGAGUCACUGAAACAGGAUUGACUACCAAAACCACCACAUCAGUCCCCACACCCUCAGGAACCCCUCAACACAGCACCACAAUCGUAACUGAAACAUCGAGCCACGAGACCACGUCCACCGGGACAGGGAGCCCCACAAGCACAUCACCUACAACCACCAUAAGCACCACAACUUCAGGAUCACCCAUGCCUGGGCCUAUAACCAGCACUACUGUAUCACCACCACUGGUACCUACAACCUCUGUGACGGCCACCACAUCUGGAGUCACUGUAACAGAAUGGACCACCAAAACCACCACAUCAAGCCCCACACCCUCAGGAACCCCUCAACACAGCACCACAAUUAUAAUGGCAACAUUGAGCCAUGAGACCACCUCCGCUGGGACGAGGAGCCCCACAAGCACAUCACCUACAACCACCAUAAGCACCACAAUUCCAGGAUCACCCAUGCCAGAGCCUAUAACUAGCACUACUGUAUCACCACCGCCGGUAUCAACAACCCCAGUGACAGCCACCACAUCCAGUGUCUCUGAAUCAGGACUGACCACCAAAACCACCAUAUCAAGACCCACACCUUCAGGACCUCCUAUAUCCACUACCACUACCACAGUGGUAACAGAGACAUCUAGUCCUUUGACACCAACUGUAACUACCAGUACAUCAGCAAGAUCAACUGUUAGCACCAUCACAAUUUCAGGAUCACCCAUGGCUGAGCCUACAACUAGCACUACUGUAUCACCUCCUCCGGUAUCAGCAACGCCAGUGACAGCCACCACGUCUGCAGUCACUGGAACAGGAUCGACCACCAAAACCACCACAGCAAUACUCACACCAUCAGGAACCCCUCAACCUACCACCACAAUUGUAACAGAAACAUCGAGCCAUGAGACCACCUCCACUGGGACGGGGAGCCCCACAAGCACAUCACCUACAACCACCAUAAGCACCACAACUCCAGGAUCACCCACACCAGAGCCUAUAACCAGCACUACUGUAUCACAACCCCUGGUAUCAGUAACCCCAAUGACAGCCAUAACGUCUGGAGUCACUGAAACAGGAUCGACCACCAAAAGCACCACAUCAAGACCCACACCCUCAGGAACCCCUCGACACAGCACCACAAUUGUAACGGAAACAUCGAGCCAUGAGACCAUGUCCACUGGGACAGGGAUCCCCACAAGCACAUCACCUACAACCACCAUAAGCACCACAACUCCAGGAUCACCCACGCCACAUCCUACAACCAGCACUACUGUAUCACCACCACUGGUGCCUACAACCCCAGUGAUAGCCACCACGUCUGGAGUCACUGAAACAGGAUUGACCACCAAAACAACCAUAUCAAGACCCACACCUUCAGGACCUCCUAUCUCCACUACCACAGUGGUAACAGAGACAUCUAGUCCUUUGACACCAACUGUAACUACCAGUACAUCAGCAAGAUCAACUGUUAGCACCAUCACAAUUUCAGGAUCACCCAUGGCUGAGCCUACAACUAGCACUACUGUAUCACCUCCUCCGGUAUCAGCAACGCCAGUGACAGCCACCACGUCUGCAGUCACUGGAACAGGAUCGACCACCAAAACCACCACAGCAAUACUCACACCAUCAGGAACCCCUCAACCUACCACCACAAUUGUAACAGAAACAUCGAGCCAUGAGACCACCUCCACUGGGACGGGGAGCCCCACAAGCACAUCACCUACAACCACCAUAAGCACCACAACUCCAGGAUCACCCACACCAGAGCCUAUAACCAGCACUACUGUAUCACAACCCCUGGUAUCAGUAACCCCAAUGACAGCCAUAACGUCUGGAGUCACUGAAACAGGAUCGACCACCAAAAGCACCACAUCAAGACCCACACCCUCAGGAACCCCUCGACACAGCACCACAAUUGUAACGGAAACAUCGAGCCAUGAGACCAUGUCCACUGGGACAGGGAUCCCCACAAGCACAUCACCUACAACCACCAUAAGCACCACAACUCCAGGAUCACCCACGCCACAUCCUACAACCAGCACUACUGUAUCACCACCACUGGUGCCUACAACCCCAGUGAUAGCCACCACGUCUGGAGUCACUGAAACAGGAUUGACCACCAAAACAACCACAUCAAGCCCCACACCCUCAGGACCUCCUCCCACCACUACCACAGUGGUAACAGAGACAUCUGGUCCUUUGAAAACAAUUGCAACUAGCAGUACAUCAGCAAGAUCAACUGUUACCACCAUCACAAGUUCAGGAUCACCCACGCCAGAGCCUACAAGUAGCACUACUGUAUCACCACCACCCUUAUCAACAACCCCAGUGACAGCCACCACAUCUUAUGUCACUGAAAUGGGAUUGACCGCCAAGACUACCAUUUCAAGCCCAAAACCCUCAGGACCUCCUGCCCCCACUACCACAGUGGUAACAGAGACAUCUAGUCCUUUGACACCAACUGCAACUAGCAGUAUGUUAACAAGAUCACCUGUUACCACCACCACAACUCCAGGAUCACCCACACCAGAGCCUACUACAAGCACUACUGUAUCACAGACACCGGUACCUACAAUCUCUGUGACAGCCACCACAUCUGGGGUCAUUGAAACAGGAUUGACCACCAAAACCACCGCAUCAAGCCCUACACCCUCAGGAACCCCUCGCCACAGCACCACAAUCAUAACUGAAACAUCAAGCCACGAGACCACGUCCACUGGGACAGGGAGCCCCACAAGCACAUCACCUACAAGCACCAUAAGCACCAAAACUUCAGGAUCACCCAUGCCUGAGCCUAUAACCAGCACUACUGUAUCACCUCCCCUGGUAUCAGCAACCCCAAUGACAGCCACCAUGUCUGGAGUCACUGGAACAGGAUUGACCACCAAAACCACCACAUCAAGACCCACACCCUCAGGAACCCCUCAGCAUAGCACCGCAAUCGUAAUGGAAACAUCGAGCCACGAGACCGUGUCCACUGGGACAGGGAGCCCCUCAAGCACAUCACCUACAACCACCAUAAGCACCACAACUCCAGGAUCACCCACGCCACAGCCUACAACAAGCACUACUGUAUCACCACCACUGGUGCCUACAACCUCUGUGACAGCCACCACAUCUGAAGUCACUGAAUCAGAAUUGACCACCAAAACCACCAUAUCAAGCCCCACACCCUCAAGACCUCCUCCCACCACUACCACAGUGGUAACAGAGACAUCUGGUCCUUUGACAACAACUGCAACUAGCAGUACAUCAGCAAGAUCAACUGUUACCACCAUCACAAGUUCAGGAUCACCCACGCCAGAGCCUACAAGUAGCACUACUGUAUCACCACCACCCUUAUCAACAACCCCAGUGACAGCCACCACAUCUGGUGUCACUGAAAUAGGAUUGACCGCCAAGACUACCAUAUCAAGCCCAACACCCUCAGGACUUCCUGCCCCCACUACCACAGUGGUAACAGAGAUAUCUCGUCCUUUGACACCAACUGCAACUAGCAGUAUGUUAACAAGAUCACCUGUUACCACCACCACAACUCCAGGAUCACCCACACCAGAGCCUACUACAAGCACUACUGUAUCACAGACACCGGUACCUACAAUCUCUGUGACAGCCACCACGUCUGGAGUCACUGAAACAGGAUUGACCACCAAACCCACCACAUCAAGCCCUACACCCUCAGGAACCCCUCGCCACAGCACCACAAUCGUAACUGUAACAUCGAGCCACGAGACCACGUCCACUGGGACAGGGAGCCCUACAAGCACAUCACCUACAAGCACCAUAAGCACCAAAACUUCAGAAUCACCCAUGCCUGAGCCUAUAACCAGCACUACUGUAUCACCUCCCCUGGUACCUACAACCUCUGUGACAGCCACCACGUCUGGAGUCACUGAAUCAGGAUUGACCACCAAAACCACCACAUCAAGCCCCACACCCUCAGGACCUCCUCCCGCCACUACCACAGUGGUAACAGAGACAUCUGGUCCUUUGACAACAACUGCAACUAGCAGUACAUCAGCAAGAUCAACUGUUACCACCAUCACAAGUUCAGGAUCACCCACGCCAGAGCCUACAAGUAGCACUACUGUAUCACCACCACCCUUAUCAACAACCCCAGUGACAGCCACCACAUCUGGUGUCACUGAAAUAGGAUUGACCGCCAAGACUACCAUAUCAAGCCCAACACCCUCAGGACCUCCUGCCCCCACUACCACAGUGGUAACAGAGACAUCUCGUCCUUUGACACCAACUGCAACUAGCAGUAUGUUAACAAGAUCACCUGUUACCACCACCACAACUCCAGGAUCACCCACACCAGAGCCUACUACAAGCACUACUGUAUCACAGACACCGGUACCUACAACCUCUGUGACAGCCACCACGUCUGGAGUCAUUGAAACAGGAUUGACCACCAAAACUGCCACAUCAAGCCCCACACCCUCAGGAACCCCUCGCCACAGCACCACAAUCGUAACUGAAACAUCAAGCCACGAGACCACGUCCACUGGGACAGGGAGCCCCACAAGCACAUCACCUACAAGCACCAUAAGCACCAAAACUUCAGAAUCACCCAUGCCUGAGCCUAUAACCAGCACUACUGUAUCACCUCCCCUGGUACCUACAACCUCUGUGACGGCCACCACGUCUGGAGUCACUGAAACAGGAUUGAUUACCAAAACCACCACAUCAAGCCCCACACCCUCAGGAACCCCUCAGCAUAGCACCGCAGUCAUAAUGGAAACAUCGAGCCACGAGACCGUGUCCACUGGGACAGGGAGCCCCUCAAGCACAUCACCUACAACCACCAUAAGCACCACAACUCCAGGAUCACCCACGCCACAGCCUACAACAAGCACUACUGUAUCACCACCACUGGUGCCUACAACCUCUGUGACAGCCACCACAUCUGAAGUCACUGAAUCAGAAUUGACCACCAAAACCACCAUAUCAAGCCCCACACCCUCGGGACCUCCUCCCACCACUACCACAGAGGUAACAGAGACAUCUGGUCCUUUGACAACAACUGCAACUAGCAGUACAUCAGCAAGAUCAACUGUUACCACCAUCACAAGUUCAGGAUCACCCACGCCAGAGCCUACAAGUAGCACUACUGUAUCACCACCACCCUUAUCAACAACCCCAGUGACAGCCACCACAUCUUAUGUCACUGAAAUAGGAUUGACCGCCAAGACUACCAUAUCAAGCCCAACACCCUCAGGACCUCCUGCCCCCACUACCACAGUGGUAACAGAGACAUCUAGUCCUUUGACACCAACUGCAACUAGCAGUAUGUUAACAAGAUCACCUGUUACCACCACCACAACUCCAGGAUCACCCACACCAGAGCGUACUACAAGCACUACCAUAUCACAGACACCGGUACCUACAAUCUCUGUGACAGCCACCACUUCUGGAGUCACUGAAACAGGAUCGACCACCAAAACCACCACAUCAGGACCCACACACUCAGGAACCCCUCGCCACAGCACCACAAUCGUAACUGAAACAUCGAGCCAUGAGACCAUGUCCACUGGGACAGGAAGCCCCACAAGCACAUCACCUACAACUACCAUAAGCACCACAACUUCAGGAUCACCCAUGCCUGAGCCUAUAACCAGCACUACUGUAUCACCACCACUGGUACCUACAACCUCUGUGACAGCCACCACAUCUGUAGUCACUGAAUCAGGAUUGACCACCAAAACCACUACACCAAGCCCCACACCCUCAGGAACCCCUCAACGCAGCACCACAAUUGUAACGGAAACCUCGAGCCACGACACCACGUCCACUGGGACAGGGAACCCCACAAGCACAUCACCUACAAACACCAUAAGCACCACAACUUCAGGAUCACCCAUGCCUGAGCCUACAACAAGCACUACUGUGUCACCUCCCUUGGUAUCAGCAACUCCAGUGACAGCCACCAUGUCUGGAGUCACUGGAACAGGAUCAACCACCAAAACCACCACAGCAAGACCCACACCAUCAGGAACCCCUCAACACAUCACCACAAUUGUAAUAGAAACAUCGAGCCAUGAGACCAUGUCCACUGGGACAGGGAGCCCCACAAGCACAUCACCUACAACCACCAUAAGCACCACAAGUCCAGGAUCACCCAUGCCAGAGCCUACAACAAGCACUACUGUAUCACCACCCCCAGUAUCAACAACCCCAGUGACAGCCACCACGUCUGGAGUCACUGAAACAGGAUUGACCACCAAAACCACUACACCAAGCCUCACACCUUCAGGAACCACUCAACACAGCACCACAAUUGUAACGGAAACAUCGAGCCACAAGACCACGUCCACUGGGACAGGGAGCCCGACGAGAACAUCACCUACAACCACCGUAAGCACCACAACUCCAGGAUCACCUACGCCACAGCCUACAACCAGCACUACUGUAUCACCACCACUGGUAUCAACAACCCCAGUGAUAGCCACCACAUCUGGCGUCUCUGAAACUGGUUCGACCACCCAAAAAACCAUAUCAAGCCCCACACCUUCAGGACCUCCUCCCGCCCCUACCACAGUGGUAACAGAGACUUCUGGUCCUUUGACAACAACUGCAACUAGCAGUACAUUAACAAGAUCAGCUGUUACCACCAUCACAAGUUCAGAAUCACCCAUGCCAGAGCCUUCAACCAGCACUACUGUAUCAUCACCUCCGGUAUCAGCAACCCCAGUGACAGCCACCACGUCUGGAGUCCCUGAAACAGGAUUGACCACCAAAAGUACCACUUCAGGCCCCACAACUUCCGAACUGUUUCCCUUCAGCACCCCGACAGUAACAGGAACUGGUAGCCCCCUGUCAAGCACUGCAGUUUACGCUACUUUAGUAAGAUCUACUGCUAUCAACACAGCAACAACUGUGGGGCUAUCUUCUGCAAAGCCUACAGCCAGCAUUACUGUACCUCAGUCAUCCGUAUCAAGUCCCAUGUCAGUCACCACCUCUGGUACAACUCCAACAGAGUCUUUUACCAUGACUUCAGGAACUACCUCUAGUAAUUUUACCACAAUCACUGCAACCACCACCACCUCUGGAAUUCUUUCCUCUGGCUCAACUAGUAUGUCUGUUCCAAUUGCUACCUCAAGUGCAGUCACCAUUCCAGGAAGCUCUACAUACAGUACAGUUACUAAAUUCAGUGCUUCGAGUUCAACUCUAAGUCUACCACCAAGCACUCCUGGAAAAAAUUGUUCUAUUUUACCUAACGAAUCUUACGCGCCAGGUGAAUCAUGGUGGCUCUGCAACUGCACUAAGGCUAUAUGCAUAGAAGAUGAUGUAAUCCAGGUGGUUCCCAUAAUCUGUAAUCCACCUCCUAAACCUACAUGUGCCAAUGGGCUUUCUCCUGUACAAGUCAUUGAUGAGGAAGGAUGCUGUUGGCACUGGGAAUGUGAUUGCUACUGCAUUGGCUGGGGAGACCCGCAUUACAUGACUUUCGAUGGACUGUACUACAGCUAUCAAGGGAAUUGUACAUACGUCCUUGUGGAAGAGAUUGAUAAGAAAGUUGACAACUUUGGUGUUUACAUUGAUAACUACAAUUGUGAUGUACGGGAUGUAGUCUCCUGUCCUCGAACACUCAUUGUGAGACAUGAGACUCAGGAAGUGCGCAUAGCAACAGUCAAACAAAAUACUCUGCAAGUAGAGGUGACAGUAAACAAACAGGAAGUGGCUUUGCCUUAUAAAAAAUUUGGUGUGAGUAUCUAUGAAUCAGGCAUAAAUCGUGUAGUGGAAAUUCCUGAACUAAAAAUGAAUGUGACCUACAAUGGCUUGUCCUUUUCUAUCAGAAUGCCCUACAGCCUGUUUGGCAACAACACUCAUGGACAGUGUGGUACUUGCAAUAACAAUACGGCAGAUGACUGCAUGUUGCCAAAUGGAAACAUUGCAGAAAAUUGUGAAGUUAUGGCAGAUCACUGGCAAGUUAUUGAUCCCUCCAAACCACAAUGCUCUCCAGGCCUAAUUCCUACAAAAGCACCUAACACAACUCCAACGCCUUGCAAAGACUCUUCCAUCUGCGAGCUUCUUUUGGGAAGUGUGUUUGAGCCGUGCCAUGGCCGUGUCCAGCCUGAAAAGUACUAUUCAGCCUGUGUUUUUGAUAGUUGCGUACUUCCCAACUUAGACCUGGAAUGCUCAAGUCUGCAGAUCUAUGCUGCCACCUGUGCUGAUCAAAGUGUAUGCAUUGACUGGAGAAGUCAUACAAAUGGUGUUUGCUCUUAUACAUGCCCCUCAGAUAAAGAAUACAGAGCAUGUGGUCCUAUUAAAGAGAUAACCUGCAAAUCAAGCCAGCAAAAUGAAACUUCAACUAAGCAAGUGGAAGGCUGUUUCUGUCCUAAUGGAACAAUGCUGUAUGACUCUGGUGUGGAUGUCUGUGUAAAAACAUGUGGCUGUGUUGGAGUGGAUAAGAUACCAAGAGAGUUUGGGGAAAAGUUUACAGUAGACUGUCAGGACUGUAUUUGCCUGGAAGGUGGAAAUGGCAUUGUAUGUAAGCCUCAUGAAUGUGCCAAACAAAAUAAGACCACUUGUGAUGGAGAAGGCCUCCAUGAAGUCAGUGAAGUCAAUCCUGAUGACUCCUGCUGCCCCAUUAUCACAUGCAAAUGCAAUACAAGCUUGUGCACAACUAAUGCCCCCAGGUGUACACUGGGAUUUGAAGUUCAUUCUCACAUUCCCAGGGGUCAAUGCUGUCCUGUGUACCAGUGUGUUUCCAAGAAGGUUUGUGUACAUCAGAAUGCUGAAUUCUUGCCUAAUUCCUCAGUCUUUGUUGAUAAGUGUCAGAAUUGUUUCUGCACUAAUGAAGUUAACGUCAGCACUCAACUGAAUAUCAUCUCAUGUGAACAUAUUCCAUGCAACACAGAUUGCAAACCAGGAUAUGAACAUCAACCAGUGGAAGGUGAAUGUUGUGGAAGAUGUGUGCAGACUAAGUGUAUUAUACAAACAGCAAACAAUUCUGACCUCAUCUUGAGUCCUGGAGAGUUUGAAAAUGAUCCUAACAACAACUGCACCAUUUAUAGCUGUGUAAAUAUCCAGAACCAUCUUCUCUCUUCUAAAUCUGAGAUAACCUGCCCAGCGUUCAAUGAAGACAGCUGCAAACCCGGAACUAUUGCAUUCUUACCUAAUGGUUGUUGCAAAACCUGUAUACCCCUGGAUAGUCCUACACCGUGUUCUGUCCGUCAAAGGAAAGACUUUAUCCUCUAUAAGGGCUGUCGUUCUGUGGACAGAGUUGUCAUGACUGAAUGUGAAGGAACAUGUGGAACCUUCUCGCUAUAUUCUGCUGAGGCCAAUUUUCUGGACCACAGCUGUUCCUGCUGCAGGGAAUCAAGGACUACCAUGAAGGAAGUGAAACUGAAAUGUCCCUCUGGGAGUUCAAUUUCACACAAGUAUAUAUAUGUGGAAAGCUGCAGCUGUCAAGACACUGAAUGCAGCAACUCACAGUCCAGUGAGCUGCAGACCACAGAAGAAAAUGACGAGGCAAGCACUGUAGACCGUAUCAAGAGGGCCAUCAGCUUAACAUCAAAAUGAACAGGAAAAAAACUAGCAGCAUUCAACUAAAAGGGUUAUGCACCAUUCUCAUCUUCCUUGACAACUUUUGAACUUUACUUUUCCCAGUUACUGUAUCCUGUUUGUUCUCUGAUUAUUUUUAACAGUGCUGUAUUUAUUUGUGCACAAAAUAAGAACACAGAUUUGUAUUCUUCCAAG